ACCAUCGAUCAUGUGAUGGUGUCAGGUAUAUCCCGGACGAAGUGAAGAAAUCUGUUACAUCUGUAGAAAUACAAGAAUUUGCGAAAAUGAUAGAUGAUAUGAUUGAAGUGCAAACGAAAAUGUAUGUCAAGAUUGACCAAAAUUUUCAAGUGUCCGAUGAAAUGAACAAAACAGCAUGUAAUGACCUUGAGCGACAAAAAGAUCAGAUUGUCACCUUCUUCGAAAAUCUGUAUGAUAAAAUCAAAACCGAAGUUGUUGGAAAACAGGACGCAGAUAAAAAAGUAUUUGAAAAGUUGUUGAAAGAAGUCAGUAUUAUGCAAACAGAGCUGAAAAAUCGGAAAGCGAGACUACAAACAUUAGAACAAGGUCAACAAAUCUGUGAAGCUUUUAUUUUCAUGAAAUACACACAAGCAGCAAUGGGAAAGAUGUCAAGUGACAUGAAGGAACUGUCAGAAAAUGGAAAAGAAAAACCAGCUAGAUACCAGCCAUCUUCAGAUGUCGAAGAACUGAAAGAAGAUAUCAAAUGUUUAGGGCGUUUGCUAACUGGAGAGCCAGACCAGAUAACACAAAUCGAGUCGGUAAAGAAAAAGAUGGAGAAAGAGCUCCAUAUGAUACGCCGUGAAAAAGAGGAUCUGAAGGACGUUCUAGAUAGGACGAAUGCAAUAGCUGAAGGCCUUAAGAAAACUGUUACUUGAGUUACAGUCACGUGUACAAAAGGAAGAACAAAACAACAAACAUCUGAAAACUGAGAAAGAAAAUCAAAAGCUGGACUAUGAAAUCAGACCACGUAAAAGUCAAGACGA